AAUCUUGUUGGUACCGAGCGCGCGCUCUCAGCCUCCUCCUGGCCGCGUGCGCUGAGACACACAGUUUUCAUGCAGAGAGAGGAGCGGCGCACAAGAGCUCGUUCUCUAUCUCACUCCCUUCGCUCUUGCUUGUCCUGAGAAAUUACAAUAUUCAUCACUGGGCGAACAACCCUCUGUAUUCUCUGUUACACUGUCGCGAAGAAGCUCAAUUCGCUCUCAUCUUCAGAGUUCCCAGGGUUCUCGAGCUGUGCCCAGAUGACAGGCUUUCAAAGAUGGCACAAUAACAGUUCCAGUGAUGCCUGACCAUGACAGCACAUCCCUCUUAAGUAGACAAACCAAGAGAAGAAGAGUUGACAUAGGAGUGAAGAGGACUGUUGGGCAAGCGUCUGUGGUUUUCGCACGAGCAAAAGCAACCUUUUUUAGUGCCAUGAAUCCCCACGGCUCCGACCAGGAUGUUGAGUGUUCUGUGGUACAGCACGCAGACAGCGAAAAGUCCAACGUGCUUCGCAAGCUGUUGAAGCGGGCGAACUCUUAUGAAGACGCUAUGAUGCCCUUUCCGGGGGCAACCAUCAUCUCCCAGCUUCUGAAAAACAAUUUGACCAAAAAUGGAGGCAGUGAGACUAAUUUCCAGGGAAGUGGCCUCUCGAGCACUGGUUCAGAGAUCCAGCAAGAGGAUGCUUGCAGCAAUUCCUCACGGGGCAGCCCUCAGGAGUGCCUUUCACCAUUCAACAGGCCCUCCAUGACCCAAUUUGAUAUAGAGAGGCUAACAGAUGAGCAUCUUAGGGCCAAAAGAGCCCGAGUGGAGAAUAUCAUCCGUGGGAUGAGCCAUUCUCCCAGCGUCACGCUCCGUGCAGGUGAUAAUGAGCGCGAGGGGGCAGCCCAGCCCCCGAGUCCUCGUGAGAACUACCGGGAAAACAAGCGCAAGCAGAAACUGCCACAGCAGCAGCAACAGAGUUUUCAGCAGCUCGUCUCUGCGCGCAAAGAGCAGAAACAUGAAGAACGCCGGCAACUGAAACUGCAGCUGGAGGACAUGCAGAAGCAGCUCCGGCAACUGCAAGAGAAGUUCUACCAGAUUUACGACAGCACUGAUUCUGAGAACGACGAAGAUGGAAACAUCUCCGAAGACAGCAUGCGUUCCGACAGAAUGGACAAUCGUGCCCAUGACUCUGUCCCAGAUCGCUCCGACAACGAGAUGUCUGACGUGGAUCCGGGGCACUUCUUGGAUCGAGCGUGUGCACUUAUUCGAGAGCAGAACAUAGUGACAGAGGGGGACAAAUCCAAGCGCGAUGGGUCACGAGGAAAGAACCAGGGACCAAUCUCCAUGCAUGCAGAGGGCAAACAGCUAGCAGAGACGCUAAAACAGGAGCUCAAUACAGCAAUGUCCCAGGUAGUGGACACUGUGGUGAAGGUCUUUGCUAAGCCUCCACGCCCAGUUCCUCAGGUUUUCCCACCCCUGCAGAUGCCUCCUGAUCGUUUCGCAGUCAAUGGAGAAAACCCAAACUUCCAUACUGCCAACCAGCGCUUGCAAUGUUUCGGUGAUGUCAUCAUUCCUAAUCCCCUGGACACUUUCGCUAACAUGCAGGUGCCCAACUCGAAUGACCAAACAGAAGCCCUGCCUUUGGUAGUGAGAAAGAACUCCUCAGAUCAGACUGGGUCUCUUCCCACACCUGGGGGUCACCACCAUCCCUCCCUCCACCCCUCACACUUAUCUUCCGCAAUGGGCUUUAGUCCUCCCUCUUUCCGCCAUCCUUUCCCCCUUCCUCUAAUGGGCUACCCUUUCCAAAGCCCCUUAGGUGCCCCAACAGGGCCUUACCCUGGAAAGGAUAGGUCUUCUCCCGAAUCUCUGGAUCUGUCCAGAGAGACCACCAUUCUACGGACCAAGAUGUCAUCCAACCACCUCAGCCACCAUCGUUCCAUCUCACCAACACACCCAGGGAAUGAAGGCUUGUCCUUGUCCCUCAUCAAGUCAGAGUGCGGAGACCUUCAGGACAUGUCUGACAUCUCCCCAUAUUCAGGAAGUACAAUCCAAGAAGGGCUUUCUCCGAACCAUCUAAAGAAGGCCAAGCUGAUGUUCUUCUACGCACGCUACCCCAGCUCCAACAUGCUGAAGAUGUUCUUCUCAGACGUGAAGUUCAACCGCUGCAUCACAUCUCAGCUGAUCAAGUGGUUCAGUAACUUCCGUGAGUUCUACUACAUCCAGAUGGAGAAAUUCGCUCGGCAGGCCAUCAACGACGGCAUAACAGGGGCAGACGAGCUGAGCGUGAGCCGGGACUGCGAGCUUUUCCGCGCUCUUAACAUGCACUACAACAAGGCCAACGAUUUUGAGCAGGUUCCGGAGCGAUUCCUGGAAGUGGCACAGAUCACGUUACGGGAGUUUUUCAAUGCCAUUGUGGCAGGCAAAGAUGUUGAUCCUUCCUGGAAGAAGGCCAUAUACAAGGUCAUCUGCAAGCUGGACAGUGAGGUCCCAGAGAUUUUUAAAUCUCCCAAUUGUCUGCAGGAGCUUCUGCAUGAGUAGUGAUUUUAAUUGCGUACCAAGUAUCAUCCCAUCUUUUCCUGAAUCUUUACGAAGUAAGAAGUAGCAUUCCUGUUUUUAAGUCCCAGCUACUUUAAAUUGACUUGGCUGUUAAUUUUUUUGGGGGAAAGUCUAUCAAAUUCUUGAUUGUUUUUGACUGUGUUCAAUCCUUACCCCCUUUUUCCUUGCCUUUAAAAUGGGCAUUACUAUGUUGACCACACAAUGGUUAACAAAUGGAACUGACUCCCUUAUUUUCUCUCUUUUAUUGGUCAUUUUUGUUGAGGGCUUUGUUUUAUCCCCGGAUGUUUGCAAUGUGUGAUGGUUUUACUAUUGCUGAAUAAGAUUUGGAUUUGUAGCUUGUAUAGAUGUAAUUAUUAUUUAUGAUUAAUAUAAUUAUUACCAUUAAUGUUAUUAAUGCUUGCUGCAAAAAAAAGGAAGGAAAAGAAAGACAAAAAAUUGACAUGUGAUAUACUUGUUUCUCAUGGCAAUGCUACAGAAAAUAAAUUAUUCUUUGGAAACAAAUAAUACAAAUAAAGAGGGGUAUACAUUUUCUAUGUGGGAAAUUCAUAUAUCUAUAUAUACAUAUAUAUUUGAUGUUAUUCUUGAAAGAAACAGCAUUAACUGUUUUUUUUUUUUUUUGGUUUAGCCAUUCUUCUGUGUUGGCUAGGGUCCAAUGUUCUUGUGUUUUGUGUCCACAUUGAUAGCACUGGCUCUAGGGAGGGAGGCCUACUCAUAGUAUUUUUUUUUUUUUCACGGAGCAGCCUCUCCUGUAACUAAGCAACAUGGCCAUUUCAUACUGGGGCAAGCCAGUUCGGCACAAAAAAAUGGAUGCCUUCCCACUGAGAAACCAUUCUUGCUCAUAAAAAGCACACUGUCACAACUGCUCACAUAAACACACACACCGCUCUCAUCCAUACAUGCUAAUUCACAAAAACGCACACUGUCAAGACAAGAGAAUUGCAGAAACUGCUAGUUGGGAACACCUCUAUAAUUGGACAGUAAAUUUGGUAGAUUCUCCAGUUUGGUUUACACAGUAGAGAUUUUGGCUCACAAUAAUUAGUUUAACGUUAGCAAAAGAAAAACUUUUCUCUUCUUCUUCUUUCUACUUUCUACGUACAGGAUUGUACAUAGUUUGUACAUUUGUUAGAAAUGUACAGAUUUGCUUAAUAUUCACAAUCAUCUGAUUAUGCUAUGGCAGUGUACCAUUCAUCAGUAGUGAAACUUCAUGUUAGCGAGAUAUUCAGUUCAGUCGUACAUUUUUAUGAAUCAUAUGAAGUUCUUUGAUUGAAUUUUUGAAGCUAAGCCUACUAAGAGAUCCACACAAAUGUAACCAAUUACAAUGAUUAGCCUACCCUAUAGAGAGAGGAAAAAGCACAGUUUCUUAUCAAAACAGUGUCCACAGAAGAAAAGAGGGCCUUUUAGACUCUUUGUGCAUCGCUUCCUAGUUCAUAAAUAAGAGUCUGCAAUAGAGGGCAAGGGCUGGACAUGUGAUCUGCUCUGGAAGCCUGUGCCGUUUGCAUUGGGCAAAUCCAGCUGAUGAAUUGAAACGCAGGCCGGCAAUUAUUGUCAGCACAAUGCCUUAAAAAACCUGCUGACUUCUAGAUUAAUGGGCACAAAAGAGCAUGAGGUGCUGUCAUUCUGUCGCCAGGGCUGGCAUCAUCCACAGCCCCCGGACAACACACAAAACACCAAGCUAUUCACUCUGCAUUGUAAAGAGAGUGAGAACAAGAAAAACAAACCCAAAACAAAGAUAGGAGUUAAAAAAGGAGAUGUUUGGCCCUGUUCUAUUCUCAGGUCUCUUGCAAGGCUGUGCUGACAUGCGUUCUCCUUUACAUGCAUUGUGAUAAAUAAAGAUUCUUUCAAAUUCUCAGAAACUCUGUUAUCGAUAUUAAUGUAUUUAAAGGUGAUGUUUUGCAACUAAAAGUGAAGGUUUUGUCUCUACAAAUUAAUCUAAACAGGCAUUAAUAAAUCUGAUCAUUGCCUGUGCCUAAUAUUAAUUACACCAGCAAAUUAUUUUAAAUAAAAAAACUCAUUUUUACCACAUAUUUGAAGAACAAGUAUGACGCUUAGUUCCACAUGAAUCUGAUGUACUUUAAACCAUUUAACGUAGCACAGAGGAAGGCAAUACAUGUGCAUAAGUGUGUGCAUAACUGUGCGUGCGUGCGUGUUCGCUUACCUUUGUGUGUGUCUGUUUGCAGGGAGUGUGUGAUAUACAUGCAUGUUAGUGCAUUAGUUUUAGUUUAUUGUCUCUUUUUGAACUUUUAUUUGUAUUUAUCACUGUAUCUUUAAGACAAACCGGGAGGUUAUGUUCAACAUCGCGAUUUCUUUUUUCUUGCUAUAGUACUUUUAGAAAUGUUAUGAUGUUUUUAAUUGUUUCGAGUGGCUCUCAGUUGACUGUUUUCUCCCCUUCAUCUCACCACCUCUUCAGGUGUUCUCAAUUGGUCUGCAUUAAUUUGGUAUUGAAAUGAGAUGGAUCUGUUUGCGUGGUCACACAGGGUCAUUUGUUGCUUUGUGAAAAUCCUAAAUGUAGCCGUGUAUAUUUCACACUCCAUUAGGGACACUCUAUAGAAAAACAACACAAAACAAAAAAACUCUGAAUAACCUUGAUUCAAAGUUUGGAUGAUGUGCACUUUCAUCUCACUUGUGAUACACUACUGUGCAUUUAUAUUUGACAUAAUAAUUUUUUAUUUGUUUCCAUGCAAUGGGGGAAAAAUAACUCAUGUAGUUAUCUGUACAAAUCAAUUGCCAAACUCAGUUUGGGACUGUUUUUUACUACAAAGAAAGAUGUUACAAAGAGAAAAGGAAGAAAGAAACUUUGUAUAUGACUAUAUUUCUGGGAAGGGGAACAAUUAUUUGUACUGAAUGCAAUGUGUUGUACAAGACUCUUGACUCUUUGUAGAUCUGAUGCUGUAUUUAUGAGGUGUGUGCUCCCUGAAGGGUUUUAAACAUGAUUUCACUGGCUUCAACGUGUAUGUGAAUACAAACCGAAAAUGAGGAAACACUGCCUUUCUAUGAUUUAGCAAUAUGAUGUAAAUAGCAUUGUUAUGUUUUUUUUUUUUCUUUAUGAAAGAAUUCUUUGAUUCUAGUAUGCUAAUUCCAGCUGAAACUGUUACAAUUUCCUUUAAUACAUUUGAAGGAUACUCACACAUUGCUAAUGGGACAGCAUUGUGGAUUUUGUUGUCAGUUUGUCAUGCAUAAGAUUCAUAAUUUAUUGGUUUAAUUUAUCAUAAUUUAUUUGGUGAUGGUAUAAAAAAAAUUGGUAUUUCUGGGGAUGUAUUGUAAUAUUAUUUGGUAGACAGAGACCAUAUGAAUGCCCUCCUAAGCUCCUUAACUCUGUAGAGACAUAAAGAGACACCUAUGUCCGGGUAGCCAGUGUAAUUUCAGACACUGUAGUCAUAGGAUAGGCUUGAAAAUAAAAUAAAAAAAACUAAAGGAAGAAAAGAAAAGGAAAAAAACAACAAAACUUUUCUUCUAUCUUGUUUGGAAGGUGAAAAAAUUUUGUUUUUUGAAGUUUUAUUUCUAAUCACUUAAUCUGGCUUUUACCUUUGCUUUUACCACCUACACAAUACAGUAGUCAAAGUGCCUCGUGUGCCUUCCAUCUCCUCGGAACUGAAUGUAUGUGCAGUAUAUAUGCAAGCUUGUGCAAAAUAAAAACUAAGUCCUAGAUCAGG